CUCUGUGGCAGUUAUUGGAGAAUGCAGGAGAACCGACGGAGUGAGUCUCCGGAGCGAGAGCUGAUCGGUCGACAGAGAAGAAGACAAUGAACAGGAUACGAAUCCACGUUUUGCCAUCGAGCCGGAACCGGGUGCCCCAGACGCCUCGUCCCCAGGAGCCCCAGGCCUGCUCCUUCACGCAGCGACCGUGCUCUCAGCCCCGUCUGGAAGGCCUGGAGUUCUGCAUCAAACACAUCCUGGAGGACAAGAACGCCCCGUACAAGCAGUGCAGCUACGUCUCGGCCAAGAACGGCAAACGCUGCCCCAACGCCUCGCCGAAGGUCGAGAGGAAGGACGGGGUGACGUUCUGUGCGGAACAUGCUCGCAGGAACGCCAUGGCUCUGCGAGCUCAGAUGAGAAAGCCUCCCUCCGGUCCGUCCCCAGAGGCACUGUUGUCUCAGCUGAGCGGGUACAACCGCGCAGAGACACACGGCGUCGAUGGAGGCCGCUCCGAAGCUAGCCGUAUUCUAGAUGAGGACAGUCUGAGUGAGGAGGAGCAGGGUCCCUUGGUACUAGACCAGACUUGGAGAGGAGAUCCUGACAGUGAUGCAGACAGUGUUGACAGUGAUCACGAGGAUCCUCUAAAACACGCAGGAGUGUACACAGCAGAGGAGGUGGCGUUCAUCACUCGGGAGAAACUCAUCAGGCUUCAGUCCCUCUACAUCGACCAGUUCAAGCGCCUGCAGCACUUACUUAAGGAGAAAAAGCGUCGAUACCUGCACAGCCGCAAAGUGGAGCAUGAAACUCUAGGGAGCAGUCUGCUGACAGGACCUGAAGGUCUAUCCAUGAAGGAGAGGGAGAACCUGAAGAAGCUCAAAGCUCUGCGCCGAUACCGUCGUCGGUACGGUGUGGAAGCCCUGCUGCACCGGCAGCUUAGGGAGAGGAGGCAGGCUGUGACAGAAGGAGCUCCUCAGCCACACACAAGAACAGUGUAUGAGAAGUGCAUCGCCUUUGUGGAGGGAACCCGGUGUACCAACCCCUGCCUGCCCAUGACCCGGCACUGUGUCUCACACAUCUACCAAGACAGCAAUCAGGUGCUUUUCAAAAUGUGUCCAGGCCUGAAAGAUGUCCCGUGUGACCGCACCGUGCACAUGGGUCAGUCUGACGAUCCUCGCUGCCCGCUCCACCUCACCCUGCCUCCCCCCAUGUACCAGCCCGAGCAGGAACCCCCGCCACAGGAGCAGCUCACGACUGCAAGCAGAGACAUGUAUCUGAGUGCAGCAGAGCUUCAGCCCACAGAGAGCCUUCCCCUAGAGUUCAGUGAUGACCUGGAUGUGGAAGGGGAUGGCAUGCAGGGCCCUCCGUCCCCCUUACAGUUUGACACGGCCCUGGCCCUGGAGGACCAGACCAUCAGAGCCAUCGCUGAGGCCCCGAUGGACAUCCUGACCGGAGAAGACCCAGACCAGGUGGACCUGGACGCCUCAGGACAGGAGCUCUCAGAGAAAGAUGUUGAAGCGAUCAUGGAUGACCAGGUUAACUCUCAUUUAAGGCCAUCGUCAUCGUGAAGCCAAACAGUCCUACAAUUUCACUGUGGUGUCGGAGGUCGUCGGAGGCGGAGAACACGCCACUGAUAAUUCACUCCAGGACAUCGACGCCGCUUUAGUUGAUGCUCCCAGAUGAACAACCUCUGCAAGCACAAGAAAGUUUGAUUUCCUCAAAGACUGAUGCUGAGUUGACUUCAGAAGCAUUUCCAAUAUUAGACUUUAACUGAUCGUCCUUCUGUUUGUCAGGUUGGGUGUAUUUAUUAUUCUGGGUUAAAUUGCCUUAAAAUUGUACCCAGUUAGUUCCUCAGUGGUUUGCAUCAGUUUGUUAUAAGAGAGGACGUCUCUCAUCCAUAAAUAAACUAUUUUAUGACA